AUGUUGACCGAAUUCCCCGACGUGGUCACGUUGAGUGCCAGCCGGUUGCCGGUCCCGGCCUGGGUGGUGACCGGGUUGCUGACGGUCUGGAAAGUGGAGGAAGAAAGGUACGUUGGGACGAUGUGGAAUUGA